AUGCCCAUAGAGAUAAUUUUAACGGACUCAGGCUAUGUUUAUUCGUCAAAGAAUUGUUCAAGUUCAACAAACUCUGCUAGUGUUUUAUAUUUUCUUUUGAGUUAUAACGGAGUUCAAGGAGAAAAAAAGCUAUCCAAACUAGAGGAUUCAGAGUUGGAGAAGCAACUUAAACUUUUGAACAAGCCAGCAGUCAAAACAAUUAAGAUAAAACCUAUUUUAGCUAGCACAUUACAAAAUUCAGAUACGUCAGCAGCUCAUGAAGCUAAUGAGUCAUCAGGGAUAUGGUUAAAGGAAAGAGGUUGUCCUUUCGGAACUGUUCCUAUUAAAAGAAUUACCAAAGAUGAUCUUAUUAGACAAAGACAUAUUCCGCCACCAGAAGCUAUCGCAUUUGAAGCUCCAUUGAGUAAUAGUAACAACAAUAGUGAGCCAAAGAGAACUUCCAUAUCCUCACAGGGAUACAAGCUCGCAAUAGUUCAAAUUCCAAAUAACCCAAAUAAUAAGUUUGCGGGUGCUGGAAUGUCAGCUAGUUUAUGGAAUCCUCGUAUUGAAAGUCAACAACACACUGCAUGUCGGCUGAAAAUCCAGAAAGGAUCAGACAAUUUACAAGUUGGGUGGAGAGUGGAUCCAACAUUAUACGGGGACAAUAAGACUAGAUUUUUUGUACAUUUUCAGGAUCUAGCCAAUGGAAACUGGUGGCUUUUGUUUGGUGAAAGCAACGAACAAGUUGGUUUUUGGCCUCAAAGGCUUUUCAGCAACUUGGCAAGCUUUGCUACUAGUGUUGAGUGGGGAGGAGUAGCAUACAGUCCGCCAAGCAUGUCUGAACCUCCAAUGGGCUCCAGCUGUUUUCCUAUUGGAGAUCCAAAUUACGAUGCUUAUUGUAGGAGACUUAAUGUUUUAAAUGGUAAAAGUGAGACAGUACAUAUAGACAAAACGACUGUACAUGUUGAUGAUUCUGAUCGGUAUGGUGUUAUGGAUGUAUCACAUUGGAGAGGUGGAAAGUAUCAGCAUAUGGCAUUAUAUGGAGGACCUGGUGGGUUUGAAACAUUAUGUUAA